AUGGCAGACAAGCCCGACAUGGGGGGAAUAGCCAGCUUCAAUAAGGCCAAGCUGAAGAAAAUGGAGACACAGGAGAAGAACACCCCGCCAACCAAAGAGACUACUGGGCAGAAGAAGCGGAGUGAAAUUUCCUAA